UCAAAUCCUCUGUUUCCACGGCAACAGAGGAGGAGUUUGCACUUCGACCCGUGACCACAUCGGCGGAAAUGAGGAACUAGGAAGUCGACUGCAGGGCUGAUGUGGAAAACCACACAUUUGUUUAAGAUGAAUUAGUAUCGCGUACAGCAGCUCGUUCGUUUUCAUUCACCACAGAUAUCGAAUGGCAUAAGCGGUCAUCCCACAUGCAGUGACAACGCUAGCUUGUUCGAGAAAGAUGCUUCAGAGGUGACCUAAAUUGGAGCGGGUGAAUGUGUGGGGUAUUUACAGAGUGUAAAGACAUCAUUACCUGUUCUGUUAUUCGAUGCGACUUUUGUAAUGACAAAUAUGUUUUUCCCGUGCUGUUAAACAUAACUUGGUCUACUUUUGGUCGCUCAUUUCCUCUGAUAAGAAGCUGAACAAAAUGCCACAACCAAAUUGAAGUAAUACACUUAUCUCAUGCACCAAAAUCCAUAAUUUUACACCUGAAGUCAUCAUGUCAUUGGGCGAACAGUCACAGAAGUGGUUUCCAACUCACGUCCAAGCCACUGUUCUUCAAGCCACAGACCUGCAACCAAAGGGCAAGAAUGGCACCAACGAUGCCUACACCAUCAUCCAGCUGGGCAAAGAGAAGUACUCCACAUCAGUGGCGGAGAAGACCCUCAGCCCGGUGUGGAGGGAAGAGGCUUCAUUUGAACUGCCUGGGCUGCUGAUGGAGAGCAACCCAGAGGUGUAUGAGCUCUGCCUCACAGUCAUGCACCGGUCCCUAGUUGGAUUGGAUAAGUUUCUGGGCCAAACAAUCAUCAACUUAAAUGAGAUAUUUGACAACAAGGAACGGAGGAAAACUGACUGGUACAUGCUAGACUCACGGCCAGGUAAGAAGAGGAAAGACAGAGGCAAGAUUCAAGUUAGCAUCCAGUUCAUGCGGAACAACAUGACCGCCAGCAUGUUCGAUUUGUCUAUGCGAGACAAACCCAGAUCACCGUUUUCCAAGCUCAAGGAAAAGAUGAAGGGUCGCAAGCAUGACGGUGCCUUUUCAGACACAUCUUCCGCCAUCCUUCCACACUCAGGACUGAGCGAGACUGAUUCUCUGCCAGACCAGCACCCUCACCCACAGGCUGCACCUGAACCCAAGCCAAAACGCUCGCUGCUCACUGGGACGCAGAAACUUUCUACUGCUCACUCCAUGUCUGAUCUGAUAGGAACUCACUUCAGGCCCAAACUCGACUCCAUGAACUCUAUUGAGGAGAAAGGGGUUGCUGCAUCUCACAGACACUCUCAGAGCGAUGGAUAUGGUUGCCCAACCAGCGACGUUCCAUGUGACCCCUUUUCCGACAUCGGAGACAACAUGCCCCAGAAAUUCGCCACUCUCCCACGCAACCACAAUCCCUUCGAGGAAAAUCAGGGGACACUGUUGGGGGCAGAGAAGAGAGAGAAGAAGGAGAAGGUCGGUCUUCUGGGCAGAGUGACUGGGAAGAAGGAAGGUAAGAAAACGGCUGCUGGAACGCGAACAGGAAGCUCUGGAGACCUGCGAUCUCCAAACCCCUUUACCAGUGAAACCACAAGUGAAACCAACCCUUUCCUCUCACACUACAGAUCCAGUGACAACAUGAGAAACCCCACUAGUACUGAGGACCUUACACAGAGAUUCAAAACCUCUCCUGAAAAGAAGCACGGCAUGAAAAGUGCAAGAGAGCAUAAGCCUGAACAACUGCAGGUGAAUAUGGCGGCCUACAGCAAUCUCUCCUUUGAAGAAGUUGUGCAAGAGCUCAUCAAGCAGAAAGAGGUGGUGAGAAAGAAAGAUGCUCAUAUUCGGGAGCUGGAGGACUACAUUGAUAACCUGCUGGUCAGGGUAAUGGAAGAGACACCCAGCAUCCUGAGAACACCCUAUGAGGCCAAGAGAAAAGCUGGGAAGAUCUCAAAAAAGUAAAGGAUCUCCAAAGCGUAUUAUAACAGUUUUCUGGCUAAAUAUGAAUUGCUUGUAAAAGGACACUGGAAUGUUAUUUCUGACAGGCCAAGUGUAUUUGUUCAUACACGGACCGUUUUCUUGCCAUAAAGUUACUCUAGGUUUGCAAAAACAACCGGAAAUAUUGUGAAGAAAUAUGGGCACUAAAUGUGGCGAUGCCAAACCCCCUUUUAGAUUUUUCUUUUUUUAAAGAAUUUUUUGAGCUGUUGAAUUAUACUUUGAGUAAAACGUUUUUGAAAAUCUUCACAAGCAGCUAUUCAUAGUUUAGAGCAUUGUUCUUGCGCGAGGAGACCAAUGUUAUGUUAAUACCGGCAAUAACUGUUUGAGUUUACUUUUAUUUUGGAUUCAGUCAGUAUAACAGAAUUGAGCACGUAAUACUCUCACUGUGUUUUGCGAUGAUCACUAGGGUGGACU